CCCAGAGGUCCAAAAGUGUGAGAAAAACGCGUUGCAGGAGCUCACAGUGACACAGACGGAGGGUUAAAGUAAGCUGUAACCAGCGGCGGCGUUGAGGCAUUUAAAGCCAGGACUGAGUGGAAACGUUUGGCCAUGAGAGUCUUAAUCGGAGGGGGGUCUGGCUUUGUGGGUCGUGAGCUGACUCGUCUGCUCAGAGACAAGGGUCACGAAGUCACAGUGAUAUCCCGUCAGCCUGGUCCAGGGAGGAUAACAUGGGGCGAACUGCAGUCCAAGGGUCUGCCGCCUUGUGACGGCGCUGUCAACCUGGCAGGGGAGAAUGUUCUUAACCCCCUUCGAUGGUGGAAUGAAAGUUAUAAAAAGGACUUGUUCUCCAGUCGUAUCGACACAACUAAAGCGCUGUCUCAAGCCAUCGCUGCGUCUUCCAGCCCUCCUCACUCCUGGGUGCUGGUUUCAGGUGUAGCUUGCUACAAACCCAGCCUGACAGCUGAGUACACCGAAGACAGCGAGUGGACGCCAUUCGACCUCCUCUCACAACUCGUCAAAGAGUGGGAGGCUGCCGCGUUUCUUCCAGAGAGCGCAGCAAAAACCACCAAACAAGUCGUCAUUCGGGCCGGGGCAGUGUUGGGUCGAGACGGAGGUGCCAUGAAGCAGAUGCUGCUGCCCUUCUGGCUCGGGCUCGGGGGCACCCUGGGCUCUGGAAGACAGCCGUUCCCCUGGAUCCACGUCUCGGAUCUGGCAGGAAUCAUUGCUCGAUCUCUGGAGCCCCCCGCCGACUCUGGAGCCGCUCAGCCCUCGCCACAGGUGUUCAACGGAGUCGCACCUGCCAUCACCACCAACUAUGAGUUCACCAAGGAGCUGGGUCGCCUCCUGAGGAGGCCCACAAUCUUUCCUGUUCCUGAGUUCGUCAUGAGCGCCCUGUUGGGCUCUGAGAGGGCCGUGAUCCUCACGCAGGGCCAGAAGGUCAUACCCAUAAAGACACUAGAGUCUGGAUAUCAGUUCAAGUACCCAGACUUGACCUUAGCCCUCAAACAGAUAGUAGGGAGCUAACUGCCGUAGAACUGCAUCAUUUUAUCUUUCCUGUAAAACGUGACUGAAAGAGGUCAUAUACGGACUCGACUAUUGAUAAAAAUGUUGUAAGCUGCUCAGAUUUAAGGCAAUUUAUUACAUUUUUUUUUCACAGUGCUUUAACAUUUGCUAAGACAGCAUUUUGAAAUAAAAUAAAUCUGCAGACUUCUUCACACUCCACAAUAGAGCUGCAGUAAAAGUGCCAUUAGAUGAUGCGUGUUGUAUGUCUGAUUAGUUGGUUGGGCAAAGAUUGCCAGGUACGAAUGUCACAUAAUAAAAUGACAGAAAAAUCCU